CCACGAAGGCACGAAAUGUCGCGGGUGCUAGCGUUCGUAGCACCCGCUGUGGCGUCGUUGGCUUCGCUUGGGUUGGCCUGCCUGCCCACUUUUCUUUCGCCUUUGUCGCGCUCGGCACGCAGACGCAUUUCCAUCCUCCACCUCCCCCGUCUCGAUCUCUCCUCCUCCGCCUCCUCCCCCAACCCCACCUCGCAGCGACCACCAACCCCAUGCGCCAUGCAGCCCGGCCCCACUUCGACGGAGGAGCCCACGGCGCCGGCGGAGCGAGUGGAGGAGCCGACCGCAGAGGCUGAGGCUGUGGUCAAGGCGGAGCCGGCGGCGGUACAAGACGGCGAGGAGGAGGCGAAGGGGGAGAGGAGGGGCGGCAGGGGGAGGAAGAGAAGGAGGCGCGGCGUCACCUCCCCAUCCUCCUCCUCCGCCACGGCGGCGUCCGCGGGCGCGGGGAGCGGGGUGGUGAUGGUCAAGCGGGACCUGCUCGCGCGGUGCAUGACGUGCCCGCUCUGCCACCGCCUCCUACGCGACGCCACCACCAUCUCCGAGUGCCUCCACACAUUUUGCAGAAAGUGUAUAUAUGAGAAGUUCAAUGACGAGGAAGUAGAAUGCUGUCCAGCAUGUAAAAAAAAUCUUGGCUGCACUCCUGUUGAGAAGCUUAGAGCUGAUCACAGUUUACAAGAUGUAAGAUCAAAACUUUUUCCAUUCAAAAGAAAGAAGAUUAAGGCAGAAGAAAUUCCAUCUCCUAUUUCACUUCCCACUAAAAGGAAAGAGAGAUCUAUCUCUUCACUAGUUGUCAAUACACCUAAAGUAAAACCAACAGGCUUGACUGGACGGCGAACAAGAGCAGUUACCAGGAAAGCUGCUGCUGCCUUACAUGGCCUUGGUCCAAUUCUCGAAGGUCCUGUGAAAAAGGAAAUUGAUAAUGGUGACAGUCAUUCUCAAAGUUCAAGCUUGCCAGCUAAUUCAGGCAAAGCACCGCAAACAAGAAGACAGAUAUCAUCAAACGUUGAGGCCUCAAACUAUUCCUCCAAUAAAGAUGCCGAGGAUGAUAGUAAGGAGUUGGAGGAUAAGGGUGAGCUCUGGCGGCCUUUAAACUGUUUAGAAGCUGCGAACAGGACAAAAUCCUUUAGGUUGAGUUCACAGAAUCUAGUUAUUAAGGGAGAGCAACACAACGGCUCUCCCAGUAGUACAUAUCCUAACAAAACAAAGGUAAGGGAGCAUCUACAGAAGUCAAAAAUUGAGGAUGACAAGAAAGAUGUUCCCAUGCCACCAGUGAUGCCAAAAAGGAAAGUUCAAGGCACUAGGCGGAGGAGGAGAGAACUUCAAGCUCCAGCAGAUGCAAAGCCUGAUGCUGCAGCUACACAAAAUGAAAAGAAAUUCAGUUCUCUAUGGUUUUCAUUGGUUGCUUCAUUUAACCAGCAAGGGGACCCACCUUUACCACAGAUACCUUCCCACUAUUUGCGUAUAAAAGAUGGAAAUGUACCUGCUUCAUCUAUCCAAAAGUACCUUAUGCAGAAGCUUAGUCUUCCCAGUGAGUCUGAGGUGGAAAUAAAGUGUUGCGAGCAGCUGGUGAACCCUACGCAACCUCUGUGCAAUUUAGUGGAGUUGUGGUUGAGGGGACGAUCGACGCAGACAACACAGACCAUGAUAGGCUCCUCUGCGAAAGAGUUUGUAAUGAUGCUAACAUACGGGCGGCCAAAGGCCCCUGCAUUGUGAGCGCACCAUGCAAGAUUCAUUCCAUUUUCGACCUGAGGCGGGUCACAUAUUCUGCCAGGGCCAGCCAUUCGUUGGAUCCCUAGAAGAGGUCGUGAAAGAUAAGUCUCCUUGAUAUAGCCUCAAUAAUGUGGUUGGCUCACUUGGCGGACAGCCCUUUGUGUCACAUUCAUAUAUUCUUUGAUGUGCGUUGAUGUUAUUUGAUUCCUUUAGGACGUAUUUUUCCUAUUUAUUAUACAUCAGAAGUGGAAUAGAUAAGAAGUUGUGAUUGAUACUUGUAAGUAUCAUAUUGAUGUAUUUAGGUUGGACAUAAAUUAUAGAGAGAAACUUGUAGCCUUUGCUUGUAAGAGAUGACUAGAGUUGAUUGCAAAUUGUCUUUCGGCUGUAUCUUGAAUUAUUGUAAACAAAAUUGGUUACCCAAUAUUUCUCUUUAAA